AUGUUCGCGCGGCGUCUUUCCGUCGUCACCGCGCGUGCGCUCUCUAGAAAGUAUGCCUCGACCCCGUUCGACGCCACGGGCGCUGCCGUGGACGCGCUGCGCGACGAACUCGCGUCGACGUGCGACGGCGUGCUCGAGCAAGGCAAAAAGCUAAACUGGGUCUUCUUGGGCGCUCCCGGCGUCGGCAAGGGCACGUACGCGUCGAGAAUGGCGAAGCAGAUGGGCGUGCCGCACAUAUCCAUGGGUGAUCUCGUUCGCGCGGAGAUCAAGGGGGAGACGGCGCUCGGGAAGGAGAUGAAAGCCAUCGCGGCGCGAGGCGAACUCGUCCCGGACGCGUUGGUGCUGGAUAUCCUCGACAAGCGCGUCAAGCGCGGCGAGGCGGAGGGUGAGCGAGGAUUUUUGUUAGAUGGAUUCCCUCGAACGGUGCCGCAGGCGGAGACGCUUAGCACGAUGGUGGAAGUGACGCAGGUGUUGAAUUUGACGCUUCGCGAGGACAUUUUGGUGGAAAAGUGCUGCGGACGGAGAGAGUGCGGGGAGUGCGGGAAGUCGUUUAAUAUCGCCGACAUCAGAAGCGAAAAGGCGGGAGAGCAAACGAUUAUUAUGCCUCCGCUGAAUCCACCGCAGGAGUGCUUCGCUAAGCUCACCCAAAGACCGGACGACACGGAGGAAGUCGUUCGCGCGCGAUUGGAGGUGUACAAAAAGUCGACGAUUCCGGUGGAGAAUUACUACAGAGGUAAAGGGUUGUUGAGCGAUUUCCCGAUCAUGGGUGGAAUUCCAGAGACGACACCAGUGCUCUUGAAGCACAUUAUCGAUAUUUUGAAGGCGAGUACGCGCUAG